UUCCACAUCCCUAUUUUUGACACAUCGCUUAUCGCUCAAUAAAAACAAAUCAACUGUCCGAAAAGAACCAUUACUAUUUCUAACUAAAAACUCACAACGCUGAGCGAAUAAAAUUGACAAGUCUGUAAACAAACUUAAAAUUAAAUUUUAGAUUUUUUCAGCCCAGAACCUAGGGAGAUCCUUCAAAAUGACACGUGGCAACCAACGCGACCUGGCCCGCCAGAAGAACCAGAAGAAACGCGAUGCCACCAAGGGAAAGCGAACUGAUAACCUCACUGUGGAGCAGCGGAAGGCCAGGGACGCCGAGUUGAUGCGCGAGAAACAGAAAAAGAAGGAGGAAGCCGCUGCCGCCGGCACAAGCAAAUAGUUGACCCACUGGCCUUGCAGAGAUCCGGACUCCGGAUGCAAAGCCAGACAGGUUAGGCACAUAGUCAGUCUUUCGUCAGCCAAGACCCCGAUUCGCCCCAGGACCUAGGAUAGUCGACCACGUGGUUAAAUUGUACAUGAAGCAACAUAACAACAUACACAAGAAACAAGAAUUGUAUAAAUUUCAACGCUCUACAACUACGCAUAGAUAUUACCGGGCUGUACAGCACGCGACAUAGCAAUAGCAAUAGGUGGUGCCACCCAAGGACAUCGAUUCGAUUCAGUUCCGGUCUUCGUUCUCUUUUACUUGCAGUGCUGCUGUACGUUAAUUAAGUAAUCUAAUUUCUUAUUUCUCCACCUACCUGACUAAAUUAUUUACUGUAAUGUAUAUAUAUAAAUUUUCAAAUAAAACAUAAUAUGCAGCCGCCAGAAA